UUCAGAUACUCUUUGUAGUGUUUUUAAUAAUUAUGCUCAUGAAUUCGGCUGUCGGGAGAAAUGACUGGAAAUAAACGAAUGAAGAUGAACUUGUCUGUGAUUGGUGUUGGUCGAUCAUGGAUUAUUUAUUAGCGACCUCAGUUAUUCUGUCUAGUGUUCAACCUGCUGGGAAUCUCGCUGAUGAGAAUCUUGACGCAUUUACUUUUUAAUUUUUUUUGUUGGAACUUCAACAUAGUUGUCUCCAGGACUAUUCGGUGUGUAUCAAAUUGCGAAGUUUAUUUUAUUCACAGAUAAAAAAGAAAACGCACAGAUUCUUCACAGGAAGAAUAACAAAAAUUCCUCGUUUUGACUCGAGUGAAGUUUUUGGGCCUUGUGAAUAGCAAACAUCUAUGGAAGCUAUAUUGAAGAGUUACAGAAGAUAUAUGUGACUUGAUAAAGGCCUCUAAUGCAGCCAUUAGCAGAAGAAUGAACUUGAUUAUAACAAAUUCCGGUGCGCAAUAUUGAGCGUAGUAGCGCAGUGGUGAUUGUAAAUAAUUUAGUAAAAAAAGGAUAACAAAAAGAUUGUAGCCCGUCUGCGGCUAUACAUAGUACUGUCUUUUCUAACGACUAGGUCGCGUCAGUCACGUCACGCAUCGACUUUUUCAGACAAUUUUUUUUAAAUAUCUUCCCUAGAUGGCGAAGUCGUCGAACUAAUACUGCUGUUCAUUUAAAAAAAAAUGAGCCUGAAAAAAACUACGAUUAAGUCUCCGAAUUUAAGUAAAUGCGCGAUAGUCUUUAAUAUUUAGUAAAUUUUUCUAUACGAGUCUUGUAAAGAAAUUUUUUAAAUGAUUAAUUUGAUUGAUAAUUAUACGCAUUUCACAAAGCUUUCCUAAUUAAAAUGCUGCAAUGCCGCUAAUGUGAGAAAAUCGAUACAUGAAUUUUCUACCAGUUGUCUAACACUCUACAGCACUUUGGCAUAUCUGAUAAAUUGACUAAGAAAUUGCGAUAAACUAAAGAUGUCAAAUUUACGUAACACUUUCGCUUUUUGCUUGUUUUUUAAAUUUUAUUCGAUCAUUUUACUAUCUAAUAUUGUAGAAAUAUUUCAAAACAGGAAGCGCAUUUCUGCGAUUAAAUUUUUUGGAAUUCCGCAUUUACAAGUACAUAUCGCAAAGAAAAGAUUAUUAAAAUAACUAUUUUUAUUUUUUGAGGGGGGUCCAGCCGAACCGGGUCCCUGCUGCCACAGCCCAUAUCUGCUUGAUGACCUGCUGGUUGAACUGUUUUCAUGUUGGGCCAAAGGGCAUUAACCGGAAAACUUGAUCCUCCCCUCUUGUACUUUGUUCAUUUUCUUUUGGACAUACUUCAUCUACUUGCAUUUACUUCUUUGUUGGCAAAUUCUAACGUGCUGUUUGGGGCUUUGUUUAGAGAACUAAUAGCGAGCCGCUCGUUGACUUCUCGAGUUCUCUCUUUUAGUUACAGUUAUACUUCUACAUAUUACCAUCCUCCAUUUCGUGUAUCAUUGUCAGUUUAUUGAAACGCGACAUGUUUUUCGAAAAAGUUUACGACGUCCCCAUUGGGAUCCGUUUAUUAGAGAAAAUUCCCUCGUUAAGGAAACUUUCUUACGACUGGAAACAUCGCUGGCACAAAUUCAACAUUUUAUUUCUGACGUUCCUGUCUUACGCCAGCUACCACAUCGCUCGUAAGCCAACUAGUGUCGUUAAAAAUGUCCUCAAACAGAACUGCACCGGAUUACAACCACAUUUAUCCGAGUUAAACAUCAGUGGCAUUGAAGAUAGCUGGUGUAGCUGGCAUCCAUUUGAUGGAGACAAUGCGGACACUCUUCUGGGAGCUUUGGAUUCGGCUUCGCUAUUUUCAUAUGCUUUCGGGAUGUAUGCUAUGGGCUUGCUUGGUGAACGUAUCAACACCCGAUACUUUCUUUCCGUCGGAAUGAUGCUUUCAGGAUUUUUUGCCUUUCUUAUGGGUUUGGCCUAUUGGGCUAACAUUCACUCAUUAACCUACUUCCUCUCCGUUCAGAUUUUAGCUGGUUUAUUCCAGUCCACUGGUUGGCCUGGGUGCGUCGCAGUCGUGGGUAAUUGGUUUGGUAAAAGCAAAAGAGGGCUUAUAAUGGGAAUUUGGCGUUCUCAUCACAGCAUCGGUAACAUAGUGGGUUCCCUCAUUGCUGGAGCAUUUGUCGAGGAUUCGUGGGGUCUAUCAUUUGCUGUUCCCUCUGCCAUCAUUUUUGGACUUGGAUUGCUUCUCUAUUUCUUUCUGGUUCCUGAUCCACGAGCUGUGGGGUGCCCUGUUCCAGAACACGGUAGCGAUAUGUCGAAAGAGAGUCCACUUGGUGACAGCAAUUUGUCAAAAGACGAAAAUCACAGAAAUAAUGGUGUGGAUUUAACUAUGGUUAAUUUCGAACUACGUGAACGUUUCGAGCAGACACAGGAAAUUAAACCCGAUGGCAAAGAAGAAGCCAUCAGUUUCUGGCGAGCCGUUAAAAUUCCAGGCGUCGUUGAAUAUUCCUUCAGUCUUUUCUUCACAAAGUGUAUUAAUUAUACAUUUCUUUAUUGGCUGCCUCGUUAUUUAAAGGAUUCAAGUGAUACGAUGGGCAGUCAACAAGCGGCCGAUUUGUCAACGUUGUUUGAUAUUGGCGGAAUAUUCGGUGGAAUCUUAGCCGGUCUUUUGAGCGACUUGACUGGCAUGAGCGCUUUUACAUGCGCUGGUUAUUUUAUUCUCACCAUACCUUCGUUGUUCAUUUACCGGGCAUUUGGAUCCAUGAGUGGAGGCUUUAAUAUGUCUUUAUUGUUUCUUGUGGGCUUUCUGGCAAAUGGUCCUUACGCUUUGAUCACUACAGCUGUGUGUGCUGAUUUAGGUACUCAUCCUAAGUUGAAAGGCUCAACACGCGCCUUAGCUACGGUUACGGCCAUCAUUGACGGCACAGGUUCCAUAGGUGCGGCCGUCGGUCCGCUGCUCGUGGGACCCUUGUCCACUUUAGGAUGGGAUUACGUAUUCUACGUUUUGAUGAUAGCAAGCGCCAUGGGGUUGCUGUUAUUGACGCGCUUGAUGAUCAACGAAGUCAAGGGGAAGUGCCGCAAAUAUGAUUAAACGCCUUGAUUAUUUUAUAGUCCAUAAUGAUAUUCCACAGGAUAUUCAAUAAAAAACUGUCAGUUUAAUUUUUUUUC